AUGAGGACCACACGAAUUUCCGCUGCUACACGCGCUCUGAGAAGCACCUCCCUUCCUGCACGGCACGCAAACAGGACCUUUGCAACGAGUAGCAGGUUACAGGACACUUAUGGCUUCAUCGGACUGGGGCGGAUGGGUAAGAUACUCCGCUCGCACUAGGCCCACGCUCCCCACUGACACUGCAAUGGUGCAGGCUAUCCCAUGGCCAAGAACCUCCGAACCAAAAUCCCAGCCUCAGACACCAUAUUCGUCCACGACGUGAACCCGACAGUAUGCGAGCAAUUCGCUUCCGAAUUCAAGGGCGUCACUGCCGCCAAGACUGUGAGGGAGGUCGCCGAGAACUCAGUGAGUGCUUUCCCAUCCAUGGAGACUGCGUGGUCUGGUGCAUGCUUGCAGAUGAUGAACGUGACAAUUUUCCCAAAAAUACUCUAUGAUCUAAGUUGACUCUCCUACGCGGAGCUGUUGCGUCUGAUUACCCAAAUCACAAAAGCCAAUCCUCUGAAAUCGCAGCACACCCGUCACCAGUCCUCCGGACGAUCCAAAAUAUACGACAUGAAUGUCAAGCUAAUGCUCUCUGCUCUUGCUCACAGGAAACAAUCAUCACCGUCCUUCCCGAACCGCAUCACGUCCAGAAUGUCUUCCUCGAAAUGCUCCACCCACCGACCCUCCUCACCGAAGGCCCCGUGAAGAAGGAGCGCCUCUUCAUCGACUGCUCCACAAUCGACCCCAAAUCCUCCGGUGAUGUCGCAGAAGCCACCCGCUGUUCCGGCCAAGGCCAGUUCGUCGAUGCGCCCAUGUCCGGCGGUGUGGUAGGAGCCUCUGCCGGCGCCCUCACAUUCAUGAUGGGCGCUGCCCCAGAGUUGGUAGACAGGACGAAAGCAGUACUCGAUAUGAUGGGGAAGAGAGUCGUACACUUGGGUCCACAGACAGCAGGGCUGAAGGGCAAAUUGGCCAAUAACUACCUCCUUGCUCUGACAAACAUUGCUACCGCUGAAGCGAUGAACAUGGGUGUGAAAUGGGGUCUCGAUGCCAAAGCUCUUGCGGAUAUGAUCAACACUGCUACUGGACGCUGUUGGCCGAGUGAAGUCAACAACCCCGUUCCUGGAGUCAUUGAGAAUUCUCCGGCAUCCAAGGGCUACGAGGGCGGAUUCGGAACUGCGCUCAUGUUGAAAGAUCUGAAAUUGGCAAUGCAGGCUGCUACAGAAGCGGGCAUCUUGCCCGAAUUAGGGAUGCAUGCCAAGGAUAUCUAUAGCGCGAUAGAAGGGCACGAAGAACUGAAGGGCAAGGACUUUAGUGUGGUUUAUCGGUAUAUUGGAGGCAAGAAUACGGAUAAGCUGGAGGGGUUGAAAGCAUGA